CUUGCCAAAGCGUGGGUAGAGAGGGCGCCCGGCUGCUUUCUACGGGGCGGGGCCAUCCUGAAGAUGCACAAGGAGGGAGCCCUCUGCCUACCCGUGUUUGCCACCUUCUCCUUGGCGAUAGUAUUCCAGGCCCAGCAGACUGCCCGAAGCCUCGGCCCCUGUUCGGAGGUAAAGCCAGGUGCUGCUUACAAAUGCAUGGAUUUGAACCUCACUAGACUUCCGCCUGAUAUCCCAAAUACCACCCAGUGGCUGGAUCUGAGCUACAAUCCAUUGAAAGGUCUAACCUCAAAUUAUUUCUCAUCUGUUCCUGCAUUGACGUUUCUGGAUCUCACUAGAUGCAGCAUCGAGAAGAUGGAAGACGAUGCCUUUGGCAGUCUCUGCAACCUUUCUGUCUUGAUCCUGACUGCCAACCCACUCCAGUUUGUGGGCCUAGGAGCAUUCCAUGGCUUGACCUCCCUGCUGAAGCUGGUCGCCGUAGAAACCUCCAUAUCCUCACUGGACAGCCUGCCGAUUGCCAACUUAACAUCCCUACAAGAGCUAAACCUGAGCCACAACCUCAUCGCAUCCUUGAAACUCCCAUCCUUUUUCUCUCGCUUCCUAUUUCUCCAGUCUCUGAGGCUCCAGGAGAACAAGAUCUCCUCCAUCUUCAUCGGAGACCUGGAUGCCUUGUCCAGCCGGAACCUCACACUGGAGCUGUCCCGGAAUGACAUAACAUUCAUCCAGCCGGACUCUUUUGCCGGGGUUCGCCUUCAGGAACUCUCCCUGAGAGCCUGUUUCGAGAGCAGCGCCUCCAUGCAGGCUGGCCUCUGGAACCUGUCUGGCUUACACGUCAACAAGUUGGUGUUGGGCAAUUACAGGAACAUUCAGAAACUGCAAACCUUCAGCAAGCCCCUCUUGGAUGGCUUGUGCCACGUGCAUUUCCAAGAGGUGACUCUCAUUUGUGUGAAGGCCCUCAGUGAUACUGGCAGCCUCUCUGCUUGCCUGAAUAAUAUCUCCACCGUGCGGCUGCUGGACACCGACCUGAAGUUUUUCUCGGAUUUCCCACGCAACUCCAGAGUGCGCCAUCUUGAAAUCAGCGACUGCCCACUUCGGCAGAUACCUGCUCUACAGCUGUCCAACUUGGAAGAGCUCAGAGUGAUCCGCAUCACCCACAACAGGAAUCUGGCCGACUGUGACGAUUUUGAGGGGCUACCAAACCUGGAGACCCUUGACCUCAGCCACAACAAGCUGCGUUGUGGGAUUUCCUGGGAGAAUCUAAUGAACGGGACUCCCAAUUUGAAGCGGCUGGAUCUGAGUGUCAACUUGGAAAUCAAACUGCCCCCAGAGCUCUUUGGGCCCCGUAAACUGGAAUAUCUGGAUCUACAACGUACCAGACUGGAAGGACCAGGAAAGGUCCCUGUGUUUCUAGGCCUUGCGAAUCUCCUCUACCUUGAUAUUUCCUACACUGACAUCCACAUUGAAACGGAGUGUCCGUUUUGUGGCAUGGACAGGCUGCAAGUGCUGAGAAUGGGUGGGAAUACCUUUGAGGGCAACCAGUUGGGCAACAGCUUCAAGAACAUCACCCAGCUUCAAGUUCUGGACAUUUCCAAUUGUGGACUUCAGCAGGUGUCUCCUGACAGCUUGGCUGGCCUCCCCAGACUCCGCGAACUCAAUGUCAGCAACAAUAAGCUUCUGGGCCUUCAUCCAGUCAUCUAUGAGUGCCUCCAAGCCCUCACCGUCCUGGAUUUACAUAACAACCAGUUGGCCACCUUGACUGAGGAAGAUCUGAAGAACUUACCCCGGAGUUUGAGGUAUCUGGAUCUCUCUCAGAACCUUUUUGAUUGUUCCUGUGGGCACAUUAGCUUCUUGAGGUGGGCGAAAGAACAUAGGGACCUCCUUCAGUACGCCGAUGGGAUGCUCUGUCAUAACCCUGUGGACUUAAAAAACUCCAUCCUGGUGAAUUUUGAUUUAUCCUUCUGCCAGGUCAGCAUGACCACAGUGGCUGUUUCUGUGGUGGUCUCUCUGGCAGUGGUUGUGUGUCUGAUUCUGGUGUAUAAGUACUACUUCCACCUUUACUAUAUGGUGAUCUUGCUCAGCAGAGACCGUUCCUCCACCAAGAAGGACAACACAUAUGACGCCUUUGUGAUCUACUCCAGCGAGGACCAGGAGUGGGUGACGCAGGAGCUGGAGGAGACCCUAGAAACUGGCAUCCCACGCUUCCGCCUCUGCCUCUUCUACCGGGACUUCAUCCCCGGAGUGUCCAUCAUGACCAACAUCAUCAAGGAAGGCUUCCAGAGCAGCCGGAAGGUGGUGGCCGUCGUCUCUGCCCACUUCCUGGAGAGCCGGUGGUGUAACUUUGAACUCGAGAUUGCUCAGUCAUGGCAGCUGCUGGACAGCCAAGCCAGCCUGGUCUUGAUCGUACUGGAAGGGGUGGACCAGAGGGCAGUGCAGCGGAAGCUGGGUCUGUUUCGCUAUUUGCGGAGGAACACCUACUUGGUGUGGAAGGACCGGGAGCUUAACCGUCACUUGUUUCUGAGGCAGUUGAGGUUGGCUUUGCUUGAUGGGAAAACAUGGACGGAGGAGGAGCUGAAACUCAUGCUCAAGGACUAGGUUUGUAGCUCCUCCUUCCUGCCUCUCUGAGCCAAUCGCCAAGAAAAUGAGAAUGUUUGAGGACAAGGGCUGUCUACCAGGGUGAAAUUUCCGAGGCCGGAGGCGUGGCCAUUGAAGGCGUACAAGAUACACUCCACCUGUCCCCAUCUAUCUGCAACAGUCUCCAUUUUCUUGUCUUGUUCAUUAUUACUUUAUUAUUGUUUUCUCUGUGUAACCGCUCUGGGAACUUUUGCCGAAAAGCGGUACGUAAACAUUCGCUGUUUGUUGUUUGUCUGAUCAAUGUUUUUCCUUAGGAGGAACCCUGAACUGCAUUUUAGAUGUCACUUCCCUUGUGGUCGUGGGCAUGAACUGUCCCCUUUGCUAAGCAGGGUCCACUUUGGUUUGCAUCUGAAGGGAGACGACAAUGUGAGCGCUGCAAGAUACUCCUCUUAGGGGAUGAGGUCAGAGCUCAGUGGGAGAGCAUCUGCUCUCUCAUUUUUUUCAUCUGUGUGCGGAAUGAGUUUUGUUCUGGGAGGCAGUAUCAAGGCAGUGUGGGCACACAUGCGUCCAGAGUGGGGACUUCCUGAGUGGGAUCUAAAAUUAAUUGAGCAGACAUCCGAAAAUGUUUGAGCACGUGCACAUGUGCAUGCCUUAGAGGGAACAGUUAUCUGCAUGCUUGCAUGCAAAAGGGCUCAGGUUCAAUCCCUGGCAGCAUCUCCAGGUAGGGCCGGGAAAGACCCCUGCCUGAAACUGCAGAGAGGUCACUGCCAGCCAGAGUAGAAUAUGAGCAAGAUGGACCAAUGGUCUGACUCAGUAGCAGGCAGCUUCCUAUGUUCCUAACCUUAUUAUGCUGGAAGGCGGAAGCCGUGGGCGCUAAGAUGUUUCAAGAAUGCUCUGAUUUUUAAGAUAUAAAAUGUUGGAGGGUAUGUAUGCAAUGUGGGUGGAGGAGCAGGGGAGGAGGAAAUGUUCUGGUUGGAAGAUGGGUAAGGUCAUGGCUUUCUUUCUGGAAGGUUCGCUGUGCACCUGUUACCAGAUCAAUAAGGAACGCAUUAGCUCUCGUCUGGCGGGGACCUUGAUCUGCUGUUUUAUGCUGCAAAAACAUGACGUGAUUUGUGUAACACUAAUGGAAAUAAAGAGCAAUAGGUUCUUUUAUUCA